AUGGCGCCUCGAACUCGCUCGCAAGAGAAAAGAAAGCGUGAAUCCGAGAGCCCGGAGGGAGACUCUCAUCCCACUAAACGUAGUCCGACCACUCCUGACACUGUCACUACAGACUGGACCAACAAUUCAUCCGAUAGUUUGAUACCCGAGGACGAGUAUGAAGCACGCAUCGAAAGGUUCCAAGAGUCAGGCGCUAAGUAUCAGACAUGGAUCGAGAAUUCCACACAAGACGGUUGUCCUGUCAAGAAAGCAACGCUAACCAUUGAAGAUUUACUCAGUCUCCCUGCGCCGCCUGAUUUUCUAGUUCUCGGCGACGACAAAAGCUACCAAUGGGUACAAAUUAAAGAUGCUCACCUACAGGCACACGAGCCAGUACAAGAUGAUGCAGGCUCGCUAGGUCUUCCAACCGGUAAAGAUUGGAACUAUCAAGUUCUCCGUCAACUCGGCUGGGCUCCUAAGCUGGAACAAUUCAAGUGGAGUGAGUAUGUCCACUGGGUAGUUGAAGGCGCAAUUAUUGCAGCGGCAAUCAUGAGACAUCACGGGCCCAACUGGUCUGAAGUUGCUCUUGCGCACUACAACGACGUUUGCCCCGAUAUCAAUACGUUGAAGUAUGUGUAUGUUUCUGACAUUGUUAACAAGGAGACUGCGCCGUAUGUCAAGAAGAAGCUUUACGACAACAAGAAAUUCAAGCCCAAAGAUGAGCCAGUUGCACGAUACUGGAAGCAUGGCACUGAAGAGUAUCAGAGGAUCUUGGGCACGGCCAUUGGUAAAGGAGUGGCUUGUCUUGUGUUGGGCGCUUGGCCUAGGGGAACACAUCGGAUCACGCAGAUCAAAAGCUUCUUUUGGUCUCAAAGUCUACAGCUUCGAUUCGAUAUUGGAGAGAUCGACUCGGAAGGCUCCGAGUGA